GACAAGAUUUUAUAUUUUAAAUAUCUCUUAUUUACACAAAAAGAAGGGGACACGUCUUGUUUUGCCACACUGAAAAACAAUAUGGCUUCUGAGUACAGGAUGCUGAUUGCGAUAGGUUAGUCCCGAAGGAACGUAAUUUCUUGAUUGAGUUGUAAAUGUUAUAUAACUAGUGUUUAUUGAUCUUAUAGAAUGCUUCUGAAUCAGAUGUUCACAUCCGCAUCCUCCGUUUUAAAGUAAAUUCCAAUCUAGACGAGAUACAUCCACGAAAAAGUGCCACGAGGUUAACGUGAGUAGUUAUAGUCUCGAUCAUUUUUGUGUGUUAUCGUUUGCCACGAUCACGUGCUCGCACAAAUUUACGUCAUAAUUAAUUUCACUAAUUUUUUAUUUUUCAAGUUGUGUCUUGGGGUCUAUUCUUGUAUCUUUCGUAUUAGCAUAUUUCUUGCCAUCCACACACGACUGCCAACAACAUUGAACCGGUCGAUAAUCACCAUCAUCGAAUGGAAUAAUGGAGCAUAAAAUUCCAUCUGAUAUCCUCGACGAUCUCAGCAGUCGAUUCAUCAUCAACGUACCCGAGGAGGAGAGGAAAGACUUGGUACGAAUUUGUUUUCAAAUCGAAUUGGCACAUUGGUUUUAUCUUGACUUCUACUGCACAGAGGAAUAUCCUAAGCUGAGGUCAUGUGGUAUGAAAGAGUUUGCCACUCACAUAUUCCAACAUAUACCGUUCUUGAAGCCACACGUGCAGCAUAUUGAUGCUAUACUCGAGCAGUGGAGAGAGUACAAGCAGAAUGUGCCGACGUUCGGGGCCAUUGUGCUGAACGAGGACAUGACCACAGUGCUUUUGGUGCAAAGCUACUGGGCGAAGAACAGCUGGGGCUUUCCUAAAGGGAAGGUGAAUGAGGACGAGGAGCCAUUUCAUUGCGCCAUUCGUGAAGUAUUGGAAGAGACUGGUUUCGAUAUAUCUAAUUUGAUAGAUAAGAACGAAUACAUUGAAUCCGUGAUAAACGAUCAAACGGUGAGACUGUACAUCAUUUCGGGUGUGCAAAAGGAUACCAAGUUUCAGCCGAAAACGCGAAAGGAAAUAAAGAAUGUCGAGUGGUUUGCCGUGGCGGAUUUACCCAACACGAAGAAAGAUAUGACCCCUAAAGUGAAAAUCGGUGUCGGGCCGAACGCGUUUUUCAUGGUGGUACCAUUCGUCAAGCGGUUAAAGCGGUGGAUUCAGGAAAAACAACAACGUGAGAAAAACGCUAUUGCAGCUGUACGAAGACAAAGGCAUAAAUCAUUGGGAGACGUCGAAUCGGUUUCGAAGAACAAACGGCAACAGCAGUCGCUUUUCCACCACUUUUCUACUUGCCCAUCUCAAAGCGAAGUUCCCGAUUUUAAGAUUGGCCGUCAAUCGAACACUUCUCCGGGUCGCAAUCGCCGUGGUGUAAACGAUAAUAAGAAAGAUGCGUCGAAAACAGCAUUUAAACGGAAUCUAUUCGGAGAUCAAGAGGAGGAUCAGUCACCUCUUGUCAAACACUUGAUAGACAGCCCUGCUCAACCAUACUCUUUUCUAAUUGAUCCUGCGAUUCAGUCCAUCAAAUAUAAUGAUUUUAGUUACAAGGCGCAACUGUCGGAAAAAGAAACAAAAGAUUCUCGCAAGAAAAGCUUACCAGAAAACGGAAAUAUUAAGUCGCUAUUGUUCGGAGAAGCUGCGCGUAAAUUGCAAAAAGAUCUUAAAACCAUUCCGCCGCCUCCUUUUGUAAGUCUGGAACACGACAGUCCGGUUUUAACUAAGAAUUACCAAAAUUAUUCUACUUUUGAAUUUCGCGCAAAAAGUUGGGAUAAUUUCAGUUUUGAUAUCCAGGCGAUAUUAAAAGCCUUAAAAUAGCUACGUAUACAUAACAAUUCGGAUUAUUAAAGUAGGAGAAGUGUAGAUUUAGAUUUAUCAAUCUAUUAUUUUACCUAUUUUUUUAAUCUCUGCUGGUCAUGAACAAUUAUGCACGUUUAAAACGUGUAACUAUAUAUUUUUUAAUUGUAUAGGACUGAUCUUUGUAUCUCCGAUUAGAUUGACCGACUAAUUAAAUUUAAAAAUCAUCAACUCUACAUAACUUAAAACUGAUCGUAUUAUUUUCCUUGUUCCUUUUGUAUGGAAAACAAAAUAAUACGAUCAGGUUUAAGUUUUGCAACUGGCAAUUUUUAAAUCUAAUUGGCAGGUUAAACUAAUUGGAAGUGAGACCGACCCAUAUUACCUAAUAAUGAUUUCUCUAAUAAAUCAGUAUUAGAUAAUAUCAAUAAAUUUAAGCUAUUAACUAACCUAAUAAUUUUACUUUGUGAUCUCGAAGUAAUGUUUUAUUGUUAUGCAUAUCCAGUAUAUUAUCUGAUACAAUUUUAUUAGGUUGGAAGGAAAGAAUUGUCAUAUUUUUUAACUAAAAAUUUAUUUAAAACAUAACUAAUAAAUAUAUUUAAAAGUAACUUUAAUUUGUAAUGUAACAGCUGUUGUUUCCUAUAAACUAACUUUUUGCUAUCUUUUGGACAGUUGCAUGAUUUUUUGCAUAUAGAACUAAGCCAUUUUUCCAUUGAAAUUGAUCGAGAAAAUUGUUUGAGAGAAUACAUCGUUACUUUCCUUUUAACCCAAUAUUAAUGUAUGUGAUGAUAAACCCAAUGCAAAUUCAAUUUUUCGAAUUUGCUAUUACGGAGAGAAAUUGAUUUUAGAGGAAGAGAGAAGUAUUAAGUCGCUCUUUUUCGUGGAAGCUGUAGGCAAAUUGCAAACAAGAAAAAUAUUUUAAAUUCUUUGCAGAUUUCCGGUAUCCAUAUAUGCAUAUUUUUGAGAAUCUAAUAUUCUCGACAUGAUGAUAAGCUGAAUAAACAGAAUGUUCUUAACUCAU